UGAUUUUAGUUAUUAAAUCGUGCUUUCAAGAUACGACUGAACAAUCCUAGCUCUGCCUAGUUGAGCUCAUUUCCGUGGAGCAAUGGGGCAAGUGAAAAGUCAAUUCUCCGACGACGAGUUGCAAGACUACGAAGACCUCACCUACUUCACUAAAAAGGAAAUUAUGUAUGCCCACAAAAAGUUCAAGAAUCUGGCGCCCGAGAAAGUGGGCCACAAUAAGAACGCAAAACUGUCGAUGAGCAAGGUCCUUGAGUACCCGGAGCUGAAAGCGAACCCAUUUGGCGAUCGAAUAUGUAAAGUAUUUAGCUCGAGCAACGAUGGAGACAUAACGUUUGAGGAUUUUCUCGAUAUGAUGUCCGUAUUUUCGGAUGCUGCGCCGAAGUCUGUAAAAGCAGAACACGCCUUUCGCAUAUAUGAUUUCGACGGCGAUGAUAUGAUCGGCAGAAACGAUCUGAAACAAGUAAUACAGCGAUUGGUGGCAUACAAUUCGGACCUGGGAAAUAGCGAUAUUGAUCAACUCAUAAAUAACAUUCUUGAAGAAGCUGAUUUGGAUGAUGAUGGCGCACUUUCAUUUGCAGAAUUUGAGCAUAUAAUUGAUAAAUCUUCGGACUUUAUCAACUCUUUUCGAAUCCGAUUGUAGAGAACCGGAACAACAGAGGAAUCUCAUACCAUUUAUCACUCCUUUGGGAUAACUUGUAGCAGCAAGUUUGUGACUGUACACCAAACCUUUACCGUUAAUUUCGAAACGAAAUUUUGUUAUAGUAAAAUUAUAUUUAUUGUUUGGACGUUCAACAUAAGUGUACGGAGUGACAAUCGUUCAGCGUUUUCUUUAGGGCUGCAGAUAGCCUGGCAGCUUCAUUCGCAUGAAAAUCCAUGUUGUGAUGAACGAAACCACAAUAAAAAUGAAACCCAUGGCGAUCA